UGUGUGCCUGUGUGUGUGUGGCUUGGGGGGGUGUUGUGUGGGAGGAGUCUCUCAGCUAUUAUUUGUAGAACCUUUUGAUGGAUGAUUGCUGAGAGAGAGGGAGGGUGAGAGUCCUUUUUUUUGGUCGUUCACUGUUCCCUCUUCUACAGGCAGAGAGCACAAUGAGUCAAUGAAAGCUGAAGGGAAGAGGAGUACUGUACAGCAGAGAGGAGAGAGAGAGGGAGCAGAACCAAGAAGACGAGAGCACGAGAGGGAGAUAGAAAGAAGGAAAGCUUUUUGGACAGAGGUCUAAACCAGAUAAGAAAGAGAACGUCUGGUUUUAAAGCCAGGCUGGGAUGAAGUAUCAGUGACCGGUCAUCUGAGGACUGGCUACUUCACCUCUCUCUUUCUACAAGGUGGUUUUCUGAUCUUCCCUUUUCUAUUAGGAACAUUUGGACCAUUUUCAACCCUCCACUUGGUCUCUGGUCAGGGGAUCUUGCUAGCCGCAGUAACCCAGGUCUCUGGAGCCCUGAGUGGGGUUGAGGUAGAGGAGCCUUGUCUCUGGUUGCUGGUGCUUUGGGGCUGGAGGAGAGGAUGGACAUGCCAAGGAGAUCCAUGGCUGGAGCUGGGUCAGGGGGCUGUGGAGCCAGGCUAGACCCCGUUGGUGUGGCCCGGGCUGGGCUGUGGCUGCUGCUGUGGGGGUGCCUGCUGGGGGCUGGCGGGGUGGAGGCAUGCCCUUCUCUGUGUACCUGUGUGGGAGCCACGGUGGACUGCCACGGCCUGGGGGUCCGGAACAUCCCCAAGAAUAUCCCCAGGAGCACAGAGAGACUUGAUCUAAAUGGGAACAACCUGACGACCAUCAGCAAGACAGACUUCUCUGGCCUCAAACACCUCAGAGUUCUUCACCUGAUGGAGAACCAGAUAAACAACAUUGAGAGAGGAGCAUUUGAUGAUCUGAAGGAACUGGAGAGACUUCGUCUGAACAGGAACCGUCUCACUCAGCUCCCUGAACUCCUGUUCCAGAAGAAUGAGGCUCUGGCUCGACUGGACCUUAGUGAGAAUGCUAUCCAAGCCAUUCCCAGGAGAGCUUUCAGAGGGGCCACAGACAUCAGGAACCUUCAACUGGAUAAGAACCACAUCACUUGCAUCGAGGAGGGAGCCUUCCGUGCUCUGAGAACUCUGGAGGUUCUCACAUUGAACAACAACAACAUAAGCAGCAUUCCAGUCUCCAGCUUCAACCACAUGCCCAAACUACGCACCUUUCGUCUCCACUCUAACAGUCUGAGGUGUGACUGUCACCUGUCCUGGCUGUCUCCCUGGCUGAGACAGAGGCCCACCCUGGGUCUGUACACACAGUGCAGCUCCCCUCCAACCCUCAGGGGACUCAACCUGGCUGAACUGCAGAAGAACGAGUUCACCUGCUCAGGUCAGAGUGACAGUGCGUUUGUCCAGCCGUGUAGCCUGGCGUCUGGCUCCUGUCCUCCCAUGUGUUCCUGUAGUAACAACAUCGUAGACUGUAGAGGCAAGGGCCUCACUGCCAUUCCUGCUCACCUGCCUGAAGCCAUGACUGAGAUUCGUCUGGAGCAGAAUGGCAUCAAGUCAGUUCCUCCUGGGGCCUUCACCUCCUACAAGAAGCUGCGCAGAAUAGAUCUGAGUAACAAUCAGAUAUCAGAGAUCGCUCCCGAUGUUUUCCAAGGCCUGAGAGCCCUCAACUCACUGGUUCUAUAUGGUAAUAAGAUCACAGAUCUCCCCAGAGGACUGUUUGAGGGUCUCGGCUCUCUAGAACUGCUUCUCCUGAAUGCCAAUAAGAUCCACUGUAUUCGAGCCACAGCCUUCCAGGACCUAGAGAAUCUAGCUCUGCUGUCUCUCUACGACAACAAGAUCCAGACCCUGGCUAAAGGAACCUUCUCACCCCUUCACAGUAUACAGACACUUCACCUGGCCCAGAACCCGUUUGUGUGUGACUGUAACCUGAAAUGGCUGGCAGACUACCUGAGGUCCAACCCCAUAGAGACCAGCGGUGCCCGCUGUGCCAGCCCACGCAGACUGGCCAACAAACGCAUCGGGCAGAUCAAGAGCAAGAAGUUCCGCUGCUCUGCUAAGGAGCAGUACCACAUCCCAGGUACAGAAGACACCCGUCUGAAUAAUGAGUGUAACAGUAAGCCAGUGUGUCCUGCUAAGUGUCGCUGUGAAGCCAACGUAGUGGACUGCUCUAACCUCCGUCUCACCAAGUUCCCCCAACACCUACCUGCCUCUACCACCGAGCUGCGUCUCAACAACAAUGAUAUCUCAGUGCUGGAAGCCACCGGUGUCUUCAAGACCCUCUCUCAGCUCAAGAAAAUUAACCUUAGCAACAACAAGAUCUCAGAGAUCGAGGACGGAGUGUUUGAGGGGGCGGGGUCUGUCAUGGAACUCCACCUGACAGCCAAUCACCUGGACUCUGUCAGAGGGACCAUGUUCAGGGGCAUGGGCGGCGUCCGCAUGCUGAUGUUGAGGAACAACCGUAUCAGCUGUAUCCAUAACGGCAGCUUCACUGGUCUGACCAACGUCCGCCUGUUGUCUCUCUAUGACAACCAGCUCCACACCAUAAUGCCUGGGGCCUUCGACACACUGCCCAACCUCUCUACACUGAACCUGUUGGCCAACCCGUUUAACUGUGACUGUCGUCUGGCGUGGUUGGGGGCGUGGCUUCGUUCUAGACGAAUCGUAACGGGGAACCCUCGCUGCCAGAGCCCCUCCUUCCUCAGAGAGAUCCCACUACAGGACGUAGCAGCACCAGACUUCCGCUGUGACGACGGUGCAGUAUUGGAGGAGAGUAGCUGUGUAGCUCGUCCUCAGUGUCCCACUGAGUGUACCUGUACAGAGACGGUGGUCCGCUGUAGUAACAAACACCUCCAGGCCCUGCCCAAGGGGUUGCCCCGCAACGUCACUGAACUGUAUCUGGAUGGGAACCAGUUCAGCAUGGUGCCCAGGGAACUGUCCACCUUCAAACACCUGCAGCUGGUAGAUCUGAGUAACAACAGAAUCAGCUCCCUGUCUGACUCCUCCUUCUCCAAUAUGAGCCAGCUCACCACCCUCAUCCUGAGUUACAACUCUCUACGCUGCAUCCCUCCUCUGGCCCUGGCUGGACUACGCUCUCUCAGACUACUAUCUCUUCAUGGUAACGACAUCUCUGAACUAAUGGAGGGGAUCUUCAGUGAUGUGGCCUCCCUGUCUCACCUGGCAAUCGGUGCCAACCCCCUGUACUGUGACUGUCAUCUGCGCUGGCUGUCUGACUGGGUGAAGAGUGGGUACAAGGAGCCUGGCAUCGCCCGCUGUGCCGGACCAAUGGGCAUGGAGGGAAAACUGCUGCUCACCACACCUGAGACCAAGUUUGAAUGUCUGGGUCCAGUGGAGAUGUCUGUCCAGGCUAAGUGUAGUCCGUGUGUGUCUGGGCCCUGUCAGAACCACGGUGUGUGUCAGUCUGACCCUGUAGAACUCUACACAUGUGUGUGUGCACCUGGCUUCACGGGUAAAUACUGUGAGACUCCAGUGGAUGUGUGUGCCAGUAACCCAUGCACAAAUGGAGGAACCUGCAUCAGUGACGAACAGACAAGGAGAUUCAGUUGUUCAUGCCUGGUGGGUUUCCAUGGAUCGUUCUGUGAGGUGGAUGUAGAUGACUGUGAGGACCACGGAUGUGAGAAUGGUGCAACCUGUGUGGACGGAGUAGGCAACUACACCUGCUUCUGUCCUCCCUUCUACAUUGGGCUGUUGUGUGAGGAAGAGGAGGAUGUGUGCUCUCCUGGUAGAAACCCCUGUCAGCAACACUCUACCUGCAGCAGCACCACUACAGGCCCCAGAUGUGCGUGUUCCCCAGGCUUCGUGGGGGGUGACUGCAGUGUGAACUAUGAUGAGUGUGAGGAUCAGGACUGUCAGAAUGGAGCGGUGUGUGUGGACCAGGUGGAUGGAUACACCUGCACCUGCCCUCAGGGGUACAGUGGUGAGUUGUGUGAGGUGCCCCCUCCUCCUCCAUCUCUCUGUGAGCGGACUCGCUGUCAGAACAGCGCCCCCUGUGUGGACAGAGGCGGUACUGCGCUGUGCCAGUGUCUGCCGGGGUUCGAGGGUGUGCGUUGUGAGAAGCUGGUCAGUGUGAACUUCGUGAAUAGAGAUUCUUACCUACAGCUGUCUGACGUGAAGAACUGGCCUCAGGCCAACAUCACACUGCAGGUGUCGACAGCGGAGGAUAACGGUAUCCUGCUGUAUAAUGGAGACAACAAGCCAAUGGCUGUGGAGCUCCAUGAGGGACAUGUUCGAGUCAGCUACGACCCUGGUAGUCAGCCUGGACACACUAUCUACAGUGCUGAGACGGUGAACGACGGGCGUUUCCAUACAGUAGAGCUGGUGACAUUUGACAGGAUGGUGAACCUGUCUGUGGACGGGGGUGCACCCACCACUCUGGACAGUCUGGGAGGGGUCCCACCUCUGUCUGGAGAGGCACCGCUAUACGUGGGGGGUAUGCCAGAGAAGAUGUCCUACUCCUCUCUGAGUCUCUUCCAGACCCUCAACUCCUCCAGUUUCCACGGCUGCAUCAGGAAUCUGUACAUCAACCACGAGCUGCAGGACUUCACCCAGACCACUAUGAAGCCAGGGGUGGUGCCAGGAUGCCAGCCCUGCAGGAAACUGUUCUGCCUCCAUGGAGUGUGCCAACCGGAUGGUGCCAAGGGACCCCUCUGCCACUGCCAGCCUGACUGGGGUGGGCUACACUGCGAUCAGCCAGUCGGAGGAGGCCUUGUUGGGGGAGAUGUUGCCCCGGCAACCGCGGCUAACCCAUGCCAGGGGAAUAAGUGUGUGAGGGGUGUGUGUGUGGUUCAGGAUGUUCAGUCGUACAGGUGUGAGUGUGAGGAGGGCUGGCACGCCACCCUGUGUAAUCAACAGGGGGAGCUAACAGCACCAGCAGUACCAGCAGUACCAGCAGUGCCAGCAGUACCAGAAGGACCAGCCAAGCAGUGUUCAGUGCUGCUCUGCCAACAUGGCCACUGUCAGCUGACUGAGGGAGGAGCGACCUACUGUCUCUGUGACACGGGAUACACCGGGGACACAUGCGACACAGUUGAACCAGCGUGUCGCGGCGAGGCGGUGCGUGACUUCCACCGGGUGCCACGUGGCCACGCCGACUGCCAGACGACGCGGCCCUUCUCCUGGGUGGAGUGUCGGGGGGGCUGCCAGGGGGGCGGGGCGGCGUGCUGCGCCCCACUGAGGGUACGACGCCGGCGCUACACCUUCGAGUGCGACGACGGAGGUUCCUUCACACAGGACGUGGAGAAAGCAGUGGAGUGCGGCUGUAAGGAGUGUGCGUAGAGGCGUUGUGGUACUACACACACGUGGGCAUCGCAGUCAGCCGAAGAGGAGUUACUGAACACACUGUGGGAAAGUAUAUAUAAAACAUGGACAUUGUCUGUGUGUUGUGGACAACACUGUUUGUAAUAUAGGACAGUUCUUCCCUGGCAAGGACGGCCAACCAACACGAAACCAACCAACCUCAUCUUCAUCUACCUAAAGAAAGUCAACUGUGGUCUCACAUUAGUAAUGUUAUAUUGAAUGGUCAUUCUUUGGAUUUAUACUGUGUUGUACACCACUUUAUCCAUGUGCUCAAAUCAUUGUAAAAUGGAGGAACCUGUGUGAUGCAUGGCAGCCAUGUUGGCAACAGGAAAACGUUGACACUUCUCUAGUUUCUUCCUGUUAAAUGAGAAACUGCUGCUCUUUUUUGCUAGUUUACCAUUUAAUCUGUGUAUCUUUUCACUGGGCUGCCAGUUUGCCCUCUAGUGGCCAGUUUUAUGAUGAGGAUGUUUGAAGGUUCAGAUGGGGGAAGGGGGUGCAUUUGAGAGAGCAGCUGAGGCCCUUAGGCCUACUUUAAAGAGGUGGGGGCCUUUUGGCCUACUUUAAAGAGCCUUUUGGAGGCUAUGUGCCAGUUUGAUUUUAGCCAGAAUCUUCUUUAACAUUCGUUAUGGUAAUUGGUUAUAAUUGUAUCAUUGAGUAAAACCCGCCUCCUAUCUCUCUCUGGUCCAAUCAGUCUCCUUCUACCACGUCAGCAGUAUUAUGAAAUUCAACACAAAUGUAGCUUUGAUAAUAUUGUAUUUAUAUUGUUGUAAAACUAAAAACAGAAAGGUACAUAACAUUUGUUUAACAUUGACAUGUUUUUGCUUAGAUAGUUUUUACUACUUAGUGUCAUGUAGCCUAAUGUAGCCCUUUGAUUAUUGAUACUGAACAGAUUGUGAUAUAUAUCAUUUCAUUUAGACACAGUAUUUUUAUAUGUUGAAAUGGAGAAAGGGGUGUUUGAAUCCUGGCAUGGGAGAGACUACACAGGUGUUGUAUCGGGUCUGUAGACUGAAGCAACAUCUUGCUGUUCUUCUCUACUGCCUGAUCUAAAGCUGCCAAAACCAGUCAGCCAACCUAUUGUCAGUCUAAUACACAGUGUCGUCACGGCGACGUUAAAUGACUGAUGUCGUUGUUCAUAUUACAUGUUGUCUACCUACUUGGUGAAUAUAAUAUCAUCAAUGAUUUGCUUCAGAUUAUGUGUAGUGGUGUUUUAUUUAUUUCAAUAAAAGAUUCUCUCUUCCA